AAAAUUGGUGGUCUAUGCUUGAACCUCCGUUAUUCCUUAAGAUAGUGGAACUCUACAAGGAUGUUGUAGUCCACCUCUUGAAGUUAUGCAAGAUUGGCAUUCCAGCUUCAGAAAGAAGAAUACUUACCAAUUUUCUACACACAGCUUUCAGAGUUCUGGAAAUAUUGCACAGAGUAAAUGAAAGAGGACAAGUUAUACAGUAUGACAGAUUUUACAUUCAUGAGAUACAAGAUUUGAUAGAUAUCAGAAAUGACUACGUCAACUGGGUCCAGCAGCAGGUAUUUGGAAUGUUAACAGAUAUUCCCGUUACAAUUUGCACAUACCCAUUUGUAUUCGAUGCCCAGGCAAAGACAACUCUCCUGCAAACAGAUGCGGUCAUACAGAUGCAGAUGGCUGUUGAUCAGGCUCACAGGCAGAAUUUGUCUUCUCUCUUUCUGCCGGUAUUUGAGUCUGUCAACCCAUGCCUGAUAUUGAUGGUACGAAGGGACAAUAUUGUAGGAGAUGCUGUGGAAGUCCUAAGGAAAACAAAGAAUGUAGACUACAAGAAGCCACUCAAGGUUAUUUUUGUAGGGGAAGAAGCUGUUGAUGCUGGAGGUGUUCGCAAAGAAUUUUUUUUGCUCAUCAUGAGGGAGUUGCUAGAUCCCAAAUAUGGAAUGUUCAGGUAUUAUGAAGAGUCCAGGCUGAUCUGGUUCUCCGAUAAGACCUUUGAAGACAGUGACUUGUUUCAUUUGAUUGGUGUUGUCUGUGGGCUAGCAAUAUAUAAUUUUACUAUUGUAGACCUUCAUUUCCCUUUGGCUUUGUACAAAAAGCUAUUGAAUAAGAAACCAUCCCUGGAUGACUUAAAAGAGUUGAUGCCAGAUGUUGGCAGGGGAAUGCAACAAUUACUGGACUAUCCAGAGGAUGACAUAGAAGAAGCAUUUUGUCUUAAUUUUACUAUCACUGUGGAAAAUUUUGGUACAACAGAAAUUAAAGAGCUUGUUCCUAAUGGUGCUGACAUUCCUGUAGUCAAACAAAACAGGCAAGACUUUGUAGAUGCAUAUGUGGAUUACAUCUUCAAUAAAUCUGUGGCUUCCUUAUUCAGUGCAUUCCAUGCAGGCUUCCACAAAGUAUGUGGAGGUAAAGUUCUUCAGCUUUUCCAGCCCAGCGAGUUGCAGGCAAUGGUGAUUGGGAACACAAAUUAUGACUGGAAAGAACUGGAAAAGAAUACAGAAUACAAAGGAGAAUACUGGGCAGACCAUCCUACGAUUAAAAUAUUCUGGGAGGUUUUUCAUGAGUUGUCUCUGGAGAAGAAAAAACAGUUUUUGUUGUUUCUGACAGGCAGCGAUCGGAUUCCAAUUCUUGGAAUGAAGUGUCUUAAACUAGUCAUCCAGCCAACAGGAGGUGGAGAAGGUUAUCUUCCGGUAGCUCACACUUGCUUUAAUCUUCUUGAUCUUCCAAAAUACACAGAUAAAGAAACCCUAAAGUCUAAGUUGAUACAGGCUAUAGAUCACUACGAAGGUUUCAGUUUAGUAUAACUUCAGAAAUGAGAGUUCUGUGUAACGUGGGAUCAUUAAACUAACUUUUCGUGUCUUUCUUGUGGUGGUAAAUUCAGUGGAUUAAAUGAUGGAGUUAAUAAUAUAACUGAUUAUUUGCAAAAACGUUCAGUGGUACGGAUAUUCGUGGGAGCCAAAAAAACAUUUACAAAAAUGAGGAACUGUCUUAAUACAUACCUUCUUGUACAGAACCGUGUGGAUUUUGCCAUCUUACAAUAAAAACGAGAGUAUCGUGAAUGGGAGUCAAGUUUCACUAACAUGAAUUAACAUUUCACCUUAUGCAAACAAUUUGGCGUGUGAGUGCAUGAGAGACUUGCUUAAGUUUUUCAAAUCACUUAGUAAGAACAUUUAACUUUUUCCCUGAUAAAUUAACUUGGUAACUUUUCAUUUUGUAAAUAAUAAAUUUUUGUGAUAAAAUAAUUAUGUUCCAAUAGCAGUAUGGUUUCUAUUGCUUGUAACUGAAUAUGAGCUUAUUUUAUGGCUUUUAACAAAAAAAGUGACUACUCUGAUUUCUGAAGAUAUAUUUUUCUGGUUUGUUUUAAGAACCUUAAUAAUGAAAGUGAUUGUUUCAGAGACAUUCAUCUUCACAAUGUACAAUCCAUGAAGCAGUCACUUAGUGCCGAUACAAAACUGCAUACAAUGGCAUUUUUAAUAUGUGGAUGGACAAGCUGACUUAAUACACUGUUUUAUUUUUGAAGACUGAUUCUGUAAUUAAGUGGACACAAUUAUAAAAGAGGUUAAUUCAUCAUUUGAAACCUCUGUAGCCAUGUGUCAAGAAUACAGCUUAAAAAGAAAAGGAUGCACCAGACAAUUGUUGCUGUUAAGAGGUUAAACGUUUAUUUUUAAAUGCUGAAAGCGUAGUUUAUGGUUUCUAAUAGAAUUUUCACUUUUUUCCAGAUAAAUGCAUUUGAAAUAACUCUUUAACACCCCUCUCCCCUUUUCUUAAGAUUUUAUUUUUAGUAAAAUUGCCCUGAGACGAUUGUGCUUAGCUGGACACUUUCAGAUUUGACUUUCCUUCUCUGGUUAAAUUCCAGAUUUUGUGGUGUUAAUGCAUAUGUGACUUGCAGCUGUGAAACAAAUAUUUAUUUUUUUUAGAUUUUUAAAUGCAGUGAAAAAAUUCAAGCUAUAAUAAAAGACU